AUGGCCGACAACAACAACCAGCAGCCCGGUCUUAUCGGCAGCCACGCCCAAUACGUCAAGGGUGCCGCAGAGGCCACCAUUGGUGCCAUCACUGGCUCUCAGCCCUGGCAGGCUUCAGGCGAGCAGGACAAGGCCGCUGGUCUUGCCGACAUGAAGAAGGCUGGCGAACUUCGAGCGCAAAGCGACCCCAACAACCAGAACGGAUAUGGAAAGGCCGAGGAGCUUGCUGGCAAGCUUACCGGUUGUCAGGGAAUGGAGCGCGAGGGUCACGAAAGCGCUGCCCAGAAGAAGGAAUAA